AAUGGUUUGAUCCAGAUGCCUCGGACACCAGCCUUCCGACUUGGAAUUAGGAACAUCUCCCUGCUUUCUUGCGGCAUUUCACGGUGGUACGCCUGUUGGUUUCUACCCACAACGGAGUAUAAUAUUGUAAUAAACAUGUCACCGUGCGGUCCAACUUUGGAAGUACAGCUUUCGUCCAUAAUGGACGUACUUGCGAAAGCUGCUGUAUCUGAAAUUAGCCAACUGUUCUCGGAAGGCUCGGCUACCCUUCGCUUACAAAAUACUCGGAGCCUGAAAGAAAACCAAGUGCUGAGGAUGAGGAUGAAGGUGAUGAAGAGUGAACUGUUUUCUUUGCGGCUUCAAACGAGAUCAAAUGUAUCGUGUGCGGCAAGUCGUUUUGCCCUGGCUCGAGCCAGCAAACCACGGACUAAACCACUGGGAAAUGGAGAAUACGAUGACUUUGGAAACCGCAGCACACAGCGCGGCGCCACCUCAGAUAGUCUGCAUGUGGACGCCCCUGGCUCCUCCCACUUGUCCAGUCACAGCGAGGAGCUGAGGAUCCUGGGCGUCCACGGAAAAGGGGAGGGCCCACUGCCGCUGGACGGCAAUGGCACACUCUUCACCGUGUCUGAACUGGAGGCGCUGAUCUCGCUGUCUGCAGACCACAUCGGGGUCAAGAGCCUGGAGCGCGGCGGGGAGCUGGUCCGCAGCGAGGAGCUGACUGGGCAGCAGACCCCAGACACCGUUUUAAUCAAGGAUGAAGAGGAUAUUGGUGGAGGCAUGCCCGCUGUAGGAGAAUACGAUGACUUUGGAAACCGCAGCACACAGAGCGGCGCCACCUCAGAUAGUCUGCAUGUGGACGCCCCUGGCUCCUCCCACUUGUCCAGUCACAGCGAGGAGCUGAGGAUCCUGAGCGUCCACGGAAAAGGGGAGGGCCCACUGCCGCUGGACGGCAAUGGCACACUCUUCACCGUGUCUGAACUGGAGGCGCUGAACACGCUGUCUGCAGACCACAGCGUGGUCAAGAGCCUGGAGCGCGGCGAGGAGCUGGUCCGCAGCGAGGAGCUGACUGGGCAGCUGCAGACCCCAGACACCGUUUUAAUCAAGGAGGAAGAGGAUAAUGGUGGAGGCAUGCCCGCUGUAGAAGACUGCGAUGACUUUGGAGACCGCAGCACACAGCGCGGCGCCACCUCAGAUGUUCUGCAUGUGGACGCCCCUGGCUCCUCCCACCUGUCCAGUCACAGCGAGGAGCUGAGGAUCCUGAGCGUCUAUGGAAAAGGGGAGGGCCCACUGGCGCUGGAUGGCCAUGACGCACUCUUCGGCAAGGACUGGCCCGGUGGGUUGCCUGGCGAGUGUUUUCCCGACAAAACCAAUAUGGUCAUCCACAUGCGUACCCACACCGGCGAGAAGCCGUACGGGUGCGACCAAUGCAAGAAGUUCUUCCAACACAAAGGCAGCCUGAAGACCCACAUGAGGACUCACUCUGGGGAGAAGCCCUACAGGUGUGAUCAAUGCAUGAAGUGCUUCUGUAAGAGCUCUCACCUGAAGGUCCACAUGAGGAUUCACUCCGGGGAGAAGCCCUACAGGUGUGACCAAUGCGUGAAGUGCUUCAGUCAGAGCUACAUCCUGAAGAGACACAUGAGGACUCACUCCGGGGAGAAGCCUUAUAGGUGUGACCAAUGUGUGAAGUGUUUCAGUCAGAGCUCCACUCUGAAGAGCCACAUGAGGACUCACUCCGGGGAGAAGCCCUACAGGUGUAACCAAUGUGUGAAGUGUUUCAGUCAGAGCUCCACUCUGAAGAGCCACAUGAGGACUCACUCUGGGGAGAAGCCCUACAGGUGUUAUCAAUGCGUAACGCGCUUCCAUAGGAAAUAUAAUCUGAAGAAGCACAUGAGGACUCACUCUGGGGAGAAGCCCUACAGGCGUGAUCAAUGCAUGAAGUGCUUCAAUAAGAGCUCCAAACUGAAGGUCCACAUGAGGACUCGCUCCAGGGAGAAUCAGAGCUUCAACCUGAAGAUCCACAGGAGGAGUCACUCCGCGGAGAAGCCCUACAGGUGUGGCCAAUGUAAGAGCUUCAGUACGAGCUCUAACCUGAAGAGCCACAUGAAGACUCACUCCGGGGAGAAGCCUUGUGACUAUUGCCUGAACUGCUUCAGUGAAAGCUCCGCCCUGAAGGUCCACAUGAGGACUCACUCCGGGGAGAAGCCCUACAGUUGUAACCAAUGCAUCAAGUGCUUCGGACCGAUCUCUCACCUGAAGGUCCACAUGUGGCCUCACUUGGGGGAGAAGCCCUACAGGUGUUACCAAUGUUUGAAGUGCUUCAGUUAUAGCUCCCACCUGAAGGUCCACAUGAGGACUCACUCCGGGGUGAAGCCAUACAGGUCCUUGUUGGGGGAUGCCUUGCCACACAAUAGGGGAUAUAAUGGUUUGAUCCAGAUGCCUCGGACACCAGCCUUCCGAGUUGGAAUUAGGAACAUCUCCCUGCUUUCUUGCGGCAUUUCACCGAGGUACGCCUGUUGGUUUCUAUCCACAACGGAGUAUAAUAUUUUAAUGAACAUGUUACCGUGCGGUCCAACUUUGGAAGUACAGCUUUCGUCCAUAAUGGACGUACUUGCGAAAGCUGCUGUAUCUGAAAUUAGCCAACUUUUCUUGGAAGGCUCGGCUACAUUUCGCUUACAAAUAACUCGGAGCCUGAAAGAAAACCAAUCGCUGAGGAUGAGAAUGAAGGUGAUGAGGAGUGAGCUGUUUUCUUUGCGGCUUCAAACGAGAUCAAAUGCAUCGUGUGCGGCAAGUCGUUUUGCCCUGGCUCGAGACAACAUCUGCAAACCACAGACUAAACCACUGGGAAAUGGAGAAUGCGAUGACUUUGGAGACCGCAGCACACAGCGCGGCGCCACCUCAGAUAGUCUGCCUGUGGACGCCCCUGGCUCCUCCCACCUGUCCAGUCAUAGCGAGGAGCUGAGGAUCCUGAGCGUCCACGGAAAAGGGGAGGGCCCACUGGCGCUGGACAGCAAUGACACACUGAGCCUGGAGCGCGGCGAGCAGCUGGUCCACCGUGAGGAGCUGACUGGGCAGCAGAACCCAGACACAGUUUUAAUCAAGGAAGAAGAGGAUAUUGGUGGAGGCAUGCCCGCUGUAGAAGACUGCGAUGAGUUUGGAGACUGCAGCACACAACACGGCGCCACCUCAGAUAGUCUGCAUGUGGACGCUCCUGGCUUCUCCCACAUGUCAGGUCACAACGGGGAGCUGCGGAUCCUGAGCGUCCACGGAAAAGGGGAGGGCCCACUGGCGGUGGAUGUCCAUGAAAACCUCUUCACCGUGUUCAAACCGGAGGCUCUGAGCUCGCUGGCCGCGGAACACAGCGUGGCAAAGAGCCUGGAGCACGGCGAGCAGCUGGUCCACCGUGAGGAGCUGACUGGGCAUCGGGGCGGCGGCAAGGACCGGCCCGCUGUGUUGUCUGGAGAGGGUUUACCCGACAAUACCAAUAUGACCAAUCACAUGCGUACCCACACCGGCGAGAAGCCGUACGGGUGCAACCAAUGCAAGAAGCGCUUCCAAAACAAAGGCACCCUGAAGGCCCACAUGAGGAUUCACUCCGGGCUGAAGCCCUACAGUUGUGACCAAUGCGUGAAGCGCUACAGUUGGAGCUCCCAGCUGAAGGUCCACAUGAGGACUCACUCCGGGGAGAAGCCCUACAGGUGUGACCAAUGUGUGAAGUGCUUCAGUAAGAGCUGCAGCCUGAAGUUACACAUGAGGACUCACACCGGCGAGAAGCCGUAUGGUUGCGACCAAUGCAUGAAGCGCUUCCCACUGAAAGGAAGCCUGACGAGCCACAUUAGGACUCACUCCGGUGAGAAGCCCUACAGGUGUGACCUAUGCGGGAGGCACUUUAGACAGAGCUCCGCCCUGAUUAUCCACAUGAGGAGUCACUCGGGGGAGAAGCCUUACAGGUGUGACCACUGCGUGAAGUGCUUCAGUAAGAGCUACAACCUGAAGGUCCACAUGAGGACUCACUCUGAGGAGAAGCCCUACAGGUGUAACCAAUGUGUGAAGUGUUUCAGUCAGAGCUCCACUCUGAAGAGCCACAUGAGGACUCACUCCAAGGAGAAGGCCAGCUUCAGCGACGCAAACCUAGAGCCAAUGGGGUGCUUUGAUUGACACCCCUGUCCUGUAUUUGUUGAAAUGACUGCUGUCGUUAUUUUUUUGCUUUAAAAGACGCUUCCAACUCUUCAAACAUCUUCUGUUUUUAUUGUAGUAAAUAAAUGAUGCCUGUCUGAUGAAGAAUAAUCUAUUUUUUGGACACCACCGACAACCUAAUAUUUGAUUUAAAUGUAGAGCAGGAUCAUGGGAAGCGCUUCAGUCAGAGCCCCGCCCUGAAGGUCCACAUGAGGACGCGCGCCGGGGAGAAGCCCUGAAGGUGCUACAUCAGCCUCAGCGACCCAAACAAAGAGUCAAUGGGGUGCUUGACACAGGGCAACGGGACGCUCUGAUUGACAACUCCAUCCUUUAUUCGUUGAAACGACUGCUGUAGGUUUUUUGUUUGCUUUAUUAAAGA